CAAAACUUUUAGAAAAUGGUGUGGUAGUGCAGUGGAUUAAGUGCCGUUGAAUUCGCUGAAAAAAGCCCAAAGUUCACUUGAAAGAGCCCCCAGGACGUGUGCAGCCCCCCUCGACGGAGCUAUGAGUUAUAAGGAGAAGUUGCCAAAGCUGGUCGACGUCUAUCGCUCCUCGAAAGCGCUCGGCAGGAGGCAGUUGCCCCUUGUUGUCGAUGAAAACCUAACGUUGGUGAUGGACGUGCGCAGUUCGGGCCUCGUGUGUGAUAACCCCCAGGUGCGGGGCAAGGAGUUGGAGGAGUUCACGAAGAAGUGCGAGAGUUUGAGCGAAACGGAAUUGCGUUCGGCGUUAGAAAUCACCAAAUCGGAACUGAUGAAUGUGCUAAACCAAAACGUGCCAUGUGUGGGGUGUCGUCGCAGUGUUGAACGGUUGUACUACCAACUGUUCAAACUGAGACAUCCGACACUGUACCCCCUGAUGGUCCUCGAAGACGACGGUAAAAUCACAAUAGACGAGAAACAAGCCAUGCCCCAAGUUCUUUGCUCCAUUUUUCACGACCAUUCGUUACGUUUGGCUAAAUUAAUCGAAAACCAACCGAAAAGAAGCAAGAAGAGUCUCCGGUGCCUUUUACAUUCGUUGGAUUCGCAACGUAGUCGCCCCUUGACCCCCAUAUGGCGGGAUGUGUGGGGCUGCAUGCAACCAGAUUGUAAAAAAGACGUUUGUAUCAUUGAAGCCCCCAGUCUAAGGGCCACUUUAGAGACGUAUUUGCGCAAGCAUAGGUUUUGUGGCGAGUGCAGGACGAAGGUGUUGAGAGCUUAUACUCUUCUAAUGGAAGAAGCCGAGCCUUGCAAAGAAAAAGGUUACAUAACCCAACUAUAUUCUGGAAUUAAACGAUGUUUACGCGAUAAACACAUCCAUUUACCCAUUCAUACCGAGUAUAUUACGAAACUGAUAAGUCGUGCCGAACCGGAAUUGCUCGGAAGUCGUAGAGAACGUCACGCAAAGACACUUGAAAUCGCCCAAGAAGAAGUCCUCACCUGUCUCGGCAUCUGCAUGUAUGAGCGUCUACAUCGCAUCUAUAUGCGCAUGCGCGAAGAAGAAUGUACCUGUCAGGUGUUUGCAGCUGUUGCUGUUGACACAUUAAGUCGAAGUUUUGAAACAGCUGUUGAACGAAAACGCGGUUUUUCACAAUUAGAAUUACUCUAUGCGGAAUUAGCACGCGAAGAACAACAAAAACAAAUCCGAAAAGAACAAAAAAAGAUUAAACGUAAGCGUAAAAAGGGUAAAACAAUGGAACAGGAUGGUAAAGAAAACUGUAAUGAGGAGGAUUUUGAGGAUAAUUGUUAUUCGCAAACGGAUUUGAGUUGUUAUAGUUGUGAGGAGUUGCUUAAAUGUGACGAUGAUGAUGAUGAUGAUGAUGAUGUUGAUGAUGAUUAUGAUUGUGAGAAAUUAUGGAUUGAUGGAUGUAAAUGUGAGGAGGAGAAGGAGGAGGAAAAAUGUGGUUAUAAAAAAGGAUCAAGUGAUUAUGGAUAUUCAUCAGAGAAUAAUAAUGGAUGUUGUGAAACGGCGAGUCUUAUUUCGAGUAUUUCAAGUUCGCCAGAAGGAUCAGAGUUGGCGUGUGAUACGUGUUGCCAACAUGAUGGUGGUGAUACGUUGAAAAGGUUUAGGGAUGGAGAGCAUCCGAGUUUGCAACAGAUGUUAGAGGGUUGUAGCGAGGACGAAGACGACAGCAAUUGUAAAUUAACACCGGAAGAAGUGUGGGAGUUUGAAAACAACCACAAACACCUAUUCGAGAAGCGUCAAGAGUUACGAGAAGCUUUAAAAAAACGUUUUAUCGAUUUUUGUGCAUACGGUCCUUUGCCAGUGCCUCGUCUACUGGUUCAGUCGAAAUAUGCUUCAAAUUGAGAUUAAUUUUUUUUUUAUUAGGGGUCCAUUUAUUUCGUUAACAGUCUUUUUAACUGGAUGUAUUCUUUUUUUUUUAAACGCCGCAUUAUACAAAUUUUUAAAGCACAUUUUUUUAUCAUGAAAGUCAAUCCAGUAUAUGCACAUUCCAUUAUGGGUUAUAUUGUUAUAUUUUGAUUAGGGAUGGUGUGUUGCGGGUUGCAUCACACUUGAGCAUUCAGUGUAUAAAAAAUAAAGAAAUUAAAAAUUG